GAUGUGCAGAACCAGUAAACAUAGUGGACUCUCUCAGCUUUUUUCCUAGGGGAACCUGUAUCUAGUUGGGACCAGGAGGCAGAAAGUGUGAGGAUACAAUGGGGGCAACGGGAACUCCUGACCCUCAGUGCCUGAGAAACCAGCCCAGGUUGUACUCCUGGCUCUUGGGGUGUCUCUGCGGGUCCUUGGGCAGCCAAUUCCAGUAUCCCGUCUCCUCAUCUCUUAAGCAUGAACAGAAUUCUUGCUUCCUGUGCCAAUGGAUUCUAGCUUGCAUUCAUGAUGCCCCCAGGGUAGCUGCAAUACCGUCAUAGAUAUAUUUUCAGUAGCUUGGGAUGGAGAGGGCAUAGAUGAGGGAAGAAAGAGUGAACAUUCGGUACCGGCUUAUCUUCUAGAAAUUUCUUCCAUUAGUCAUGCCUCUGCCUAUCAUGAUUCUCUAUGUUUUAUCUCCUGUUUCCCCAGAUGACUCACCAGAAGAAAAUGACUCUGAGAAACAGCUCCUCAGUGACUGAGUUUAUCUUUGUGGGAUUAACAGAGCAAUCGGAGCUCCAGCUCCCCCUCUUCCUCCUGUUCUUAGGUCUCUAUGUAUUCACGGUGGUGGGCAACUUGGGCUUGAUCACCUUAAUUGGGCUGAAUUCUAGCCUUCACACCCCAAUGUAUUUUUUCCUCUUCAACUUGUCCUUUAUAGAUCUCUGUUAUUCCUGCGUGUUUACCCCCAAAAUGCUGAGUGAUUUUGUGUCAAAAAGCAUCAUCUCUUAUGUGGGAUGCAUGACCCAGCUAUUUUUCUUCUGUUUCUUUGUCAAUUCUGAGUGCUACGUGUUGGUAUCGAUGGCCUACGAUCGCUAUGUGGCUAUCUGCAACCCUCUGCUGUACACGGUCACCAUGUCCCCCAGGAUCUGCUCUCUACUUAUGCUUGGCUCCUAUGUGAUAGGGUUUGCCGGGGCCAUGGCCCACACUGGAAGCAUGCUGAGACUGACCUUCUGUGAUUCCAACACCAUCGACCACUACCUGUGUGAAGUUCUCCCCCUCUUGCGGCUGUCCUGCACCAGCACCCGUGCCAAUGAGCUGGUGUUUUUCAUUGUCGUUGGAGUGAUCAUCACAAUAUCCAGCAUCAGCAUUUUCGUCUCUUACGCUUUGAUACUCUCCAACAUCCUCCGCAUUCCUUCUGCUGAGGGCAGGUCGAAAGCCUUCAGCACCUGCGGCUCCCACGUAAUUGCUGUUGCUCUGUUUUUUGGGUCAGGUGCAUUCACUUAUUUGACAACCUCUUUUCCUGGCUCCCUGGACCAGGGAAGAUUUGCCUCAGUCUUUUACACCAAUGUGGUUCCCAUGCUUAACCCUUUGAUCUACAGUUUGAGGAAUAAGGAUGUUAAACUUGCCCUGGGUAAAUCCCUGAAGAAUGUGCUCUUCUGAUGGAUCUCUGCGUCAUCUGUGGUUAACUGUGGUAAGCAUCAUAACCAGGUACUUUUUUACCUAGCAUAAGACCCCACACGUGGGGGGCCAAGGAGAAGGUCUGAA